GUAUGGAUGUUUGUAGUAUGUGUUCUAUGGAUCUGUCGACUACUAACUUUGAAGUAGAGCUCUGUCGAGUGACCAAUAAACCGACGUUCAGCUGUGUCACGACGAUAUUAAUUAUAUCUUUAGUUUUGUAACUUCAUCCCUCCCAUGUUGAGGGAGCAUUAACCAAAGCUAUAAGCUAGCUGUCAGACUUGAUAGAUAACAGGAUGUCUGCUCUACCACUGUCCUGCUGGACUAAACUCCUGCUGAGGCCACAGAACAUGGGGACACUUCUACAGAAGAGUGUCUGCGUUUGUCCAAACCGAGAGUCCAGGCGUCGCAGCUCUGGACAGCAGAGAAGGAGGGUGGUUAUCACUGGCAUAGGGUUGGUGUGUCCUCUGGGCACAGGGACUGCUCUGCCCUGGGACCACCUGAUUAAAGCCCAGAGUGGGAUUGUUGCUCUGGACUCAGAGGCGUAUAAGACUGUUCCCUGUAAAGUGGCCGCUCUGGUAACCAGAGGGACAGAGGAGGGUCAGUUUAAUGAGGAGAAGUUUGCCUCUCGGGGGGAGAUCAACAGCAUGUCACCAGCCACUGUGAUGGCUCUCGGAGCUGCUCAGCUUGCCCUGGAGGACUCGGGGUGGUACCCCAAAGCCCCAGAGGACCAGCUCAACACAGGGGUGGCUGUUGGCAUGGGCAUGGUGUCACUGGAUGAGAUUGCUCGCACCUCCGCUGCCUUCCAAGAGAAGGGCUACAACAAAGUGAGUCCCUUCUUUGUGCCCCGCAUUCUCGUCAACAUGGCUGCUGGGCACAUAAGUAUCAAACACAGAUUAAAGGGUCCCAAUCAUGCCGUGUCCACGGCGUGCACAACAGGCGCACACGCUAUAGGCGAUGCUGCCAGGUUCAUUGCCCAUGGGGAUGCAGUUGCUAUGGUUACAGGGGGAACAGAGUCCUGUGUAGGGCCUCUGUCAAUAGCUGGGUUUGCAAGGGCGCGUGCCCUCGCCACCAAAUGGAAUGACAACCCUGCGCUGGCAUCAAGACCUUUUCACCCAGAGAGGGAGGGCUUUGUGAUGGGCGAAGGAGCCGCUGUGCUCCUGCUGGAGGAGCUGGACCACGCAGUGAAGAGGGGGGCCCGGAUCUACGCAGAGGUCCUGGGCUAUGGACUUUCAGGGGACGCUAGCCACAUCACUGCACCCACUGCAGACGGGGAUGGUGCAUUCAGGUGCAUGUCUGCAGCCCUCAGAGACGCCGGUGUCUCACCAGCAGAUGUAACGUAUGUGAAUGCUCAUGCCACAUCCACGCCGUUGGGUGACGCAGCUGAAAAUGCCGCCAUCAAGAGGCUCUUCCAGCAAAGCGUUGACAGCCUGGCUGUGUCCUCCACCAAGGGAGCCACAGGACAUCUGCUCGGAGCAGCCGGGGCCCUGGAGGCAGCGUUCACCGCUCUAGCCUGCUACCAUGGAGUCCUGCCCCCGACUCUCAACCUGGACCGCACCGAGCCACAGUUCGACCUGAAUUAUGUUCCCUGCACCGCGCAGUCAUGGCAGACUCGGGGCCGACGGGUCGCCCUCACAAACUCCUUUGGGUUCGGCGGCACCAACGCGUCACUGUGUCUCGCCAGCGUCUGACAACACACUGAGACUAAUUCUUGACGUUUUAUUUGAAAUCAGAUGUGAGUAGAGAACAUGAGAAGAACUGAUCAGUCCUGCUGCUGGUUGGUUGUGAAAAUUCUUAUGAACUGAUCAUGUGAAUAUUGUGAAUUUAGAGAAGUCUCUCACCUUGAGAGAACGUCUUCAAAUUUGGCACAAAACAUUCACCUGGACUCGAGGAUGAACUGAAGGCUAAAGGUCAAAGGUUAAGGUCAGUAUGACCUCACAAAACACUUUAUAGCCUUUACUCAAGACUACACACAGUAAUUAUGACACAUUUUUACACAUAUGAUUAAUAUUUUUCUGACUCUGGAUAAACAGGGAUGUAACCUGAAACUAGUCUGAGCGGCGGAGGGAUACAACUGCGAGGAAGUAGUUCUAGUUUUGGACAUGACAUUGAUCCAAUUUACAUGUAGUGAGCAUCAAAAGAAGCUAUUCUGUAGUAGAAGAAGUAUUAUGGUUUCUAUCAGGGAAAGCUGUACAGAAAUUGUGGGGUUUGUUCUGCUCACCGAUAUUUGCAGUUUGUGACAGCAAGCAUAAACCUGGCUGCACUAGGCUGCGCUUAAUCCUCACUCAUUAACACUGCUGUUAAAUUGAUCUGAUCAAGCUGUCAUUGUGUUUCGUCGAGAAAAUAUCAGAAAAUAGUGAAAAAUGCACUGUAGAACCAAAAGUGACAUUUUCAAAUGUGGCGUUUAUUCAGUUAAUGAAGUUACAAUGAUAUAAAGCAGAAGAUGUCAAGUUUAAACAAGGUUUUUUCUGCUUGAAAAUGGAUUUGGCUUUGACUGUG